GCCUUGUGUUGUAGCUCCUGAGUCAUUUUGGAUUUGCUUUCCCCACUCAGACGUUUCCCACUUUGGAUUUGAAUUGCUAACCAUCGAGCAUCACGACCAUCUGUUUCACAUUGACCCCAGUCAGCAGCAGCCAUGGUGGACGCGGCGGCAGCAGAGCAGUUCCUGGAUGCCAACCCGCAGUUUGCGAAGCAGUACUACGACAUCAACUUCCGGCCUAAAGUAAUCUCAGACCUGCUGGACAACAACCGGAAGCCACAGAUGGACAUCAGCAAGUUCCACGACCUGACGACGGUGGAGGAGAGUGAGGUCCUCUUCGACCUGAUCCGGGACAUCCAGGACAACCUGCAGAUGGAGAAGUCUGUCUUCAACCUCAUGAGACACCUCAGCUUCAUGAUGAGGGCCGACCGCAUGAGCCUCUUCAUGUACCGACAGAGGAACGGAGUGGCCGAGCUGGCAACCAGGUUAUUUAAUGUGAAUAAAGAUUCACUGUUUGAUGACUGCCUGGUGCAGCCUGACAGCGAGAUUGUUUACCCGCUGGAUAUGGGCAUCGUGGGCCACGUGGCGUCCACCAAGAAGAUGGUCAACAUCGCUGACGUGUCCCAGAGUGCUAAUUACAGUGAAUUUGUGGACGAGCUGACCGAGUAUAAGACCAAGAGCGUCCUCGCCAUCCCCAUCAUGAACGGUAAAGACAUGGUGGCCGUCAUGAUGGCCCUCAACAAGCUGGAGGGACCGCAGUUCACUGUGAAGGAUGAAGAGAUCCUAAACAAGUAUCUGAACUUUGCCAACCUGCUCCUGAGAGUUUUCCACCUGAGCUACCUGCACAACUGUGAGACCAGGAGGGGACAGGUGCUGCUGUGGUCGGCCAGCAAGGUGUUUGAAGAGCUGACGGAUAUAGAGAGGCAGUUCCACAAGGCCUUGUACACUGUCAGAGCUUUCCUCAACUGUGACCGUUACUCUGUCGGUCUGCUGGACAUGACCAAGAACAAGGAGUUCUUCGACCUGUGGCCAGUUCUUAUGGGAGAAGUUCCACCAUAUGAUGGACCAAAAACUCCUGAUGGCAGGGAAAUAAUCUUCUACAAACUGAUCGACUACAUCCUCCAUGGCAAAGAGGACAUCAAAGUCAUAGCGACUCCCGCAGCCGAUCACUGGGCUCUGGUCAGCGGUUUACCAACCUACGUCGCAGAGACUGGACUGAUUUGUAACAUCAUGAAUGCACGUGAGGACGAUUUCUUCAAAUUCCAGAAAGAGCCUCUGGACAGCUCCGGCUGGACCAUUAAAAACGUUCUGUCUCUGCCGAUCGUCAACAAGAAAGAGGAGAUCGUGGGUGUGGCCACGUUCUAUAACAGGAAGGAUGGGAAACCCUUUGAUGAAAUGGACGAAACACUGAUGGAGUCUCUGACCCAGUUCCUGGGCUGGUCGGUGCUGAACACUGACACCUACGACAAAUUGAACAAGCUGGAGAACAGGAAGGACAUCUUCCAGGACAUGGUGAUGUACCACGUCAAGUGUCGCAAGGAUGAAAUCCAGCACGUUCUGAACACCAGGGAGCGAUGGGGGAAGGAACCGGAUCAGUGCGAGGAGGAGGAGCUCCAAGAGAUUCUGUCAGAGGUCCUGCCAGACUCUAAGAAAGCUGAGAUCUUCGAGUUCCACUUCUACGACUUUCAUCACACUGAACUGGACCUGGUCAAAUGUGCCAUCAAGAUGUACUAUGAACUGAAAGUGGUGGACAAGUUUCACAUUCCCAGAGAGGCCCUCGUGAGGUUCAUAUACUCGCUCAGUAAAGGCUACAGGAAGAUCACCUACCACAACUGGAGACACGGAUUCAACGUCGGACAGACCAUGUUCACCUUGCUGAUGACAGGCGAUCUGAAGCGUUACUUCACAGACCUGGAGUGUAUGGCCAUGGUGACGGCCGGCUUCUGCCACGAUAUUGACCACAGAGGAACCAACAACCUCUACCAGAUGAAGUCUGGUAAUCCUUUGGCGAAGCUUCAUGGCACCUCCAUCUUGGAAAGACACCAUCUGGAGUUUGGCAAGACUCUGCUGAGAGAUGAAACGUUGAACAUUUACCAGAAUCUGAACCGCCGUCAGCACGACACCGUCAUCCACCUCAUGGACAUCGCCAUCAUCGCCACUGACCUGGCUCUCUACUUCAAGAAAAGGACGAUGUUCCAGAAAAUUGUGGACCAGUCCAAGACUUACGAGAACUGGAACGACUGGACCAAGUACAUGAUGCUGGAGACGACGCGCAAAGAGAUUGUGAUGGCCAUGAUGAUGACUGCCUGUGACCUGUCCGCCAUCGCCAAACCGUGGGAGAUUCAGAGCAAGGUGGCGCUGUCUGUCGCUGCAGAGUUCUGGGAGCAGGGAGACCUGGAGAGGACGGUCCUGGAGCAGAUUCCCAUUCCGAUGAUGGACAGAACGAAAUCUGCUGAGCUGCCGAAGAUGCAGUGUGGCUUCAUCGACUUCGUUUGCGCUUUUGUGUACAAGGAGUUCAGUCGUUUCCAUAAGGAGAUCACCCCCAUGCUGGACCGCCUGUUGAACAACAGGAAGGAGUGGAACGCCAUGAAGGAGGUGCACGAGGCCAAAAUGGCUGCAAUCGAGGAGUCCAAGAAAUCCAAGGAGGAGGAUUCUCAGAAAGCUGCGCUGGCCAAACAAGCAGCUGCAGCCCAGUCACAAUCAAAGACUUGUAAUGUCAGCUAGAGAUGCUUCAACAGCACCAGGUUGCUUCAUGGUUGUGGUCCAGCGUUGAGUCCCCCCCCCACCACAAUUAUUUCUUCAAAUACAUUUUUGAGAUCUCCCCUGAAAGAUCCAGUUUACUGAGAACACAUCUCUCCCGUUACAACUGUCCCCUUAACUUGUGCACUGCUUCUUCCUGUCCGUCCUGUUCUGUAUUACUGGCUGCGUGUGCUGUCUGAACCCGAGAACACAUCAAGAAGUAAAUAUGGACCAAAGUGUUGCAGCUUUAUGAACAUUUAAGUGUUGAAUGUAGAAGCUUUUCUAAUACACCAACAAGAUAGUUUCCUGUUGUGUCACUGUUCAUACAAGCAUCUCCCUGCAAGUCUCUUUGCGCUGAUUGUAAUGCUGUGCUGCGUUGACUGACCCCCGCAGCUGCAGAAAUGUUACACUCAGUCUGUUGAGGAGCUAACGGAGCGAACACAUGCAAGAAUCAAUUGAACGUAUGUGAGGAUGGCCGGGCGGUUAUCCACAGAUGGAACCUUCACAGGACUUUAAUCUGUGUUUUAUCAACAUUUCUAAACGCUGGAGAUUAAAGUCAUGUGUACGUGCUCUGAGAUAACAGAAGCACACAUCUGGUCCUCUGCAGUCUGGAGAUGAGACGGACACUUUCUAACUUCAAGACGCAUGAGCACGAGCUGUAAAUGAAAUGAAAAUAAUAUCAUAAAAGAUACAAGACAGUCUACACACUGAGCCUCUGGGGGUAUUUAUAUGUAUGUUGCAUAAUGUCCUUACUUACUUUACUUUAUGAUGCAGAAGGAAACGGAUCACUAAUAACGUAGGUGAGCGUGCGUCCACAUAGUAAUAGUUAGUAUCUAAAUAUACCAGCGCUCACUGUGUGUGAUGCCCACUUCAUCAUGUCUGCGUCGUGUCCUUGAGUCCCCAGUACAAGUCUUUGUCCUGUAAAGUGUUGUUGUUCUGCAUUAAACACGCAUGUUUGUGACCAUCAAACGGUGUAUCUGUCAGCACUUUCUCUGCACUUUGGGUUCAGUCCCGAUCCAGCAAGCGUUUGAUUGACAGCAGCGUGCAGGAGCUGUGCAAGUGUUGUUCCAAUGUAUUGUAUAAAAAUAGUUUU